AUGGGAAGAGGGAGUUCGAGCACUCAACCAAGGUCAUCGCUCUUUUGGUUUGUCAUCAUCCUCGUCCCGGCAGCGGUCGUCGUUCUCCAAUACGAUGUCCUCUCGCUCGGUGUGCGCACCUCGGGCGUCGGACGAGAGUAUGCGGCACAAGAGGUAGCAGGACAACAGGUGCCCCCCGCCCCUGUACAGGCGGUCGAAAGAACGAAUACCGUAGCAAGCGAAGGGAAUACGCCUUCGAGUUUGGACUCAACUCUUCGCGUCGGGGAGGCCGUUGCCAGCGCUUCUAGGACAUGUAAAGGCGAGAAGCAUGCCGUCGAUGACGAUGGCAAAGCUUGUAUGCACGACUUGCAAUGGGCCAUUUCGCGCUCGCUCAUCUACGUCGCCGAGAAGCAGCCGAUCAACUAUAUGGUGUGCGCCAUCCCGAAGAACGGUUGCACGUACCAUCUCGCGAUGAUUAAUCGGAUUAUGGGGGAGGAGGAAUACGAGGCGACCGGGGUGGUUCACGACAUCGAGCGGAAGAGCGUGUACAAGCUUGCCGCUAGGGACACGCCGACGGUGGCACGCAUGCUGUCCAACGCUUCGAUUCCCAAGUACCUCGUGGUGCGCAACCCGCUGCAGCGGACGAUGUCGGCGUAUUUGAAUAAGGUCGAGACGUUUGCUCCGGAGAACGAACGCACGGUGGAGAACUUCCAUAAAUGGAUCUACAAGGAGUUUCCCAAGGGCUUGCCGGUUGAUCGCUCUUGGUACGGGAUGAACCCGCACUGGAUGCCGCAGAUGCAGUUCUGCGGGUUCAAGACGCGUGAUGUUCACUCGUACUUCAAGGUGUUCAAGGUGGAGAAGCCGAAGGAAUAUGUGGACUACAUGUACAAGAUUAUUCCGGACGAGUACAUGCGAGACGGAUGGGCCAGCUCAGAGAAUCUGAGCUUCCGGGAUCAUGUGCUGGGACCAAGAGCGCGAACGGAAGGUACGACGGACAAGUUUUAUAAGUACUGGAACAAAAUCGAGGUGUUCGACCACAUGACACGAGUGCUGAGUUGGGAUAUUGAAAAUCUGGGGUACAACGAAGAGGUGGCAAAAAUGCGGGAAUCGUUAGUGCAGAGGCUGGGUUGA